AUGGAUAAGGAAUGUGGGCGGCGAUUCAUCAGCCCGAGGGCUCAUCCAUCAAGUGCGGUAAGUGGAGCUUGGCUGCAUCAGCUGUGGGUCGGUGGGGCUGAUGGAGAGUUCUACUCAUCGGUGGAUAAGAUGCAGGAUCUGGCACAGGUGGAACAUGAGCUACUGAAUGCCACGCGUUCGUAUUUGGAGCAGCAGCAGCUGAAACUUGAGAUAUAUAUGAGCUAUGUGGAGCAACUCAAAGAGGAGCAUGAAUGGGCCAUGGAGCAGAAACACCUGGAUGAGUAUCUGGGUCAUCCCUUGCAUGCCUUUAGAUUGAUCAAACGACUUGUUAAAGACUGGGAUGCAUUGAUCUUUCUUCCCAUUAUCACAAAUGAGCCCAAAGAAGAGUUCCGUCAAUUCCUGGAGGACAUAACCCAUGAUUUGGGCUAUCCGGAUCACUCGGAGCUUCAGGGAGCUGUAAAAGGCUUGGCCAGAUUGCAGAAUGUCUACAAUCUAUCCACCUCACAUUUGGCCGAUGGUGACAUUGGUGGCUAUAUGUACGAAUCGGUGUUGCAAUGGCGAGAAUGCUAUGAAAUUGGAGUACAACUCUUCGAUCUGGGUGACUAUCAACGCUCCUUGGAGUGGCUUCAAGAGGCUUUUAUCAUCCUCAGAGGAAACCCAGAAAAGGAUGAGCAGCAACACGCUCGCUUUAUGUCAGAUAUACGGGAGUACGCCGCCUUGGCUAACUUUGAGUUGGGUAAUCCCAUAAAAGCAGGGAAUCUUCUCAAUAGGAUUCUAGAAUAUCCCCAAAAACCCGAUCACAUUGCCCAGCAGUCACGAAAGUAUCUGGAGAACAAAAAACCGGCAAAGAAUCUCAAGGAAAAGACUCAGUCUUGGUCUGCCAACUACACGAGGUUGUGUCAGGGCAGAAGAGUGCCCGAGGAGAGCACUGGUAACCCCUUGAAGUGCUUCCUCGAUGGAAAGAGACACGCCUACUAUACCCUGGCACCCCUUCAAGUAGAGCCAGUGCAUGUGGAUCCCGAUAUCAAUGUCUACCACGGAAUGCUCAGCUCCGAGCAGAUCUUGUCCAUCUUCGAGGAGGCAGACAAGCUGGAGAUGGUUCGCUCCGCAGUGGCUGGAACUGGUGGAGUAAGAAGCGUGAGAGAUCUCCGGGUCAGUCAGCAAACUUGGCUAAACUACACAAGCCCAGUGAUGAGCUCCAUCAGUAGGAUCAUCCAAUUCAUUUCGGGUCUGGACAUAGCCGGAGCAGAGUUUAUGCAGGUGGCCAACUAUGGUGUUGGUGGUCAGUACGAGCCACAUACGGAUUACUUUGAAUUCAAUCUGCCAAAGGAAUAUAUAGGAGAUCGCAUCUCCACCAGCAUGUUUUAUCUCUCAGAUGUAGAACAAGGAGGCUAUACUGUAUUCCCCAAGCUGAAUGUGUUCCUGCCUCCUAUCAAGGGAGCCAUGGUCAUGUGGCACAAUCUACAUCGUUCCCUGGAUGUGGAUGUGCGAACCUUGCAUGCCGGUUGCCCAGUACUUGUGGGUUCCAAGAGGAUUGGUAAUAUCUGGAUACAUUCGGGUUACCAGGAGUUCCGGCGACCCUGCGACCUCACCUCCGAUAGCUACAAGUCCCUGGCUUACCGGGAUUGGCUUUAAAUGCUUUUUUAAAUAAAUUAACACCUUAAUUUAGUGAGUGAUUUGUUGGUUUUCGAUUUGUGUUUCAG